UUGGACGAACAGUCGAGUAGCGAGGAGCAAAAAUGGUCCAUAAAUUAGUACUGCUGACCUUGCUGGUCACGGCCGCAGCGGCCUUCCCUGAGCGGAAGUCCGUCAAGAUCGCCCCGAUCAUAGAGAAGAUGCUGAAGGCGUAUCCCAUCCCGGAGGUUCCCAAGGAUUACGAUCUCGCCAAUUCGCGAUCGGUUCGUAACUUGUACCGCACUCGGGUCGACCACUUCAACCCGCAGAACCGGGAUACUUUCGAGUUCGAGUACUACUCGAAUGAUGAGUUUUACCGUCCCGGAGGACCGAUCUUCAUCUUUGUCGGCGGAAACUGGGGUGUGACUCCGUACUUUAUCGAGCAAGGACAUUUCCGAGACAUCGCGUACAUGGAGGGCGCAUGGAUGUUCACCAACGAGCACCGCUACUACGGAACUAGCUUCCCGGUGGAGGAUUUAUCGACGCCCAACCUUCGCUUCUUGACCGUCGAACAGGCUAUGGUUGAUCUUGCUGAGCUGAUCUACCACCUCCGUCACAACGUGGUUCGUGAUGACGAUGCCCGUGUUAUUUUGCUGGGCAUGGGUUAUGGUGGCGCCAUUGCAACCUGGAUGCGUCAACGGUAUCCUCAUCUGGUCGAUGGAUCGUGGGUGUCCAGUGGACAGGUCGAGGCGCGAUUCAACUUUAAGGAAUAUGCCGUUGAGAUUGGAGAAUUGAUCCGCGAUCAUGGAGAUGACGAAUGUUACAGCCGCAUCUGGCGUGCGUUCCGUACUGCUGAAGCCCUGAUGGAUGCCGGUCGUACCGAAAUCGUCACUGACAUGUUCAGAACUUGCGACGCGGUCGAUGAAGAGAACAUGCUUGAUGUGGAAACAUUUUUCUACAAUCUUAAAGAAGUUAUCCAGGCUGAAAUCUUGCUCUACCAGAACGUUGAAAGUACUACUAGGCUCUGCGAGACCCUCAACGACAGCGAUGAAUCUACCGACCUUCAAACGUUAGCUAACUGGGUGAAUGCGACCUUCUCUUACUUUGAAUGCUUGCCAUUCGACUUUGAGUCAACCGUCGAGGCUCACAGCGUUUUGGAUAUCGAUUCGAUUGAAAACAGAUACCUGGGCCUGCGGCAGCGAGUCUACCAGUUCUGCACAGAGUUUGGAUGGUUCCUGACCGCAGACUCGGACGACCAACCUUUUGGCUACCGCGUGACCAUGUACUUCUUCCUGAACUUCUGCAAGGCCACCUACGGAGACUGGGUUACCGCUGAGGUAAACCGGGCUACGUUCGAGUUUGAGUACUACUCCAACGACGAGUUCUACGAGCGCGGUGGACCGAUCUUCAUCUUUGUCGGUGGUGACUGGCCGCUGGAGCAGUACUACAUCGAGCGUGGCCACUUCCACGAUAUUGCACAGCGCACGAACGCCUGGAUGUUCACCAACGAGCACCGUUACUACGGACACAGCUCGCCGGUUUCCGAUUACUCCACGGAAAACCUCCGCUACCUGACCGUUGAACAGGCCAUGGUUGACUUGGCCGAGUGGAUCUUCCACUUGCGUAACAACGUGGUUCGCGAUACGAACGCUAAGGUUAUCCUGCUGGGAACCGGAUACGCCGGUGCCAUCGCUACCUGGGCCCGUCAACGUUACCCCCACCUGGUCGAUGGCGUUUGGGCAUCGAGUGGUAAGAUCGAGGCCCGUUUCAACUUCAAAGAGUACGCAGAGGAGAUCGGAGAGCUGCUCCGUGAUCUCGGCAACGACGAAUGCUACAGCCGUAUCUGGCGUGCGUUCCGUACGGCUGAGAACCUGAUGGAUGCUGGCCGCACCGAAAUCGUAACCGAGAUGUUCAACACUUGCGAACCAGUCAACGAGGAAAACAUGCUGGACGUUGAGACGUUCUUCUUUAACGUCAAGGCAGCCCUGCAGGAUGCCGUCCUCCGAGGACAAAACGUUGAAGCCACUGCAGCUUUGUGCGAGGCGCUCGAAGAGAGCACCGAAGAAACCGACAUCCAGGUCAUCGCCCAGUGGCUGCAGGAGUUCUACUUCUUCCUCGACUGCAUGCCCUUCGACUUUGAAGCUCACACCGAUGCGUUCCGCCUCACGGAGAUCGGCUACCCGGAAAACGCCAACCUGGGUCUUCGCCAGCGAGUGUACCAGUUCUGUACCGAGUUCGGAUGGUUCUUGACGGCCGACUCGGCCGAUCAGCCGUUCGGUUACCGCGUGACCAUGUACUUCUUCCUGAACUUCUGCCGCAGCGUCUUCGGCGAGUGGCUGUCCAGUGAAGUGGUAGCCGACGGUGUCCACCUGACCAACAUGCACUUUGGCGGCCAAAAUCCGCGCAUCUCCAACGUGCUGUUCACCAACGGAGCGCUCGAUCCGCAGCGGGAUAUCUCCAUCACCGAGUAUCUGCAGCCCCGUUCGAACGCGAUCGUCAUCCCCGGGUACUUUGCCAGUCCGGAUUUGAACGCCAUCAGCGGGUACAACUCGCCCGAACUGAUCGAAGCCAAGCACAAGGUUCAGCAGUACAUCGAGAGCUGGCUGUACGAGCCGGUUACGCCGUACGAGCGUCGGUAGAGUGUGGUUUUGAAGAAUGACGGUUAUUUAAAUAAAUGAAGGAAAAGGA